AUGAUAAAAUCUCUAAAGUGUGUAAAAUGUUUAUCAGAUACAAAGGAAAGUUCAUCUUAUAAAGCAAAAUGUGGACAUCUAUAUUGUAACAAAUGUAUUGAUCAAAUAACUGCAGAAGGAGGUGCAAAUUGUUCAGAAAAAUAAUGCUCUAAUUUCUUAAACAUUUCAGAUUUAAUGAAUAGACAAUUUUAAAAAUUAUCUGGAAGUAAUCAAAUGGUAUUUGGGAAAUAGAUUACAAUGUUUUCAGGAGAUCCUAAAAAGAUGAGUAAUAUAACUAUAUUAUAAUAGCAUCACCAUCUUAAUAGAACAAAGCAGGUACAACAAAAUAGAAUAAUCAAAAUUCUAAUACUCCACUUAAAUAAUAGAAGAAUACUCAGGCAAGAAGAUCAAUUUAAGAACGUUCUCCAGUUGUAAUAUAAACUAAAUCAAAAUCUUAAAUGUAGAAAUAAACUGAUAGGGUUCUUAAGUAAUAAAAUAGUACAAAGAUGAUUUAAUAGUAAUAACAAUAAUAAGGUUAAUAAAGAUAAUAAGCACAAAUACAUCAAUAAAAAAAAACUUAAUAAAAUAUGUAAUCACCAAAACAACAAUAAUAACAGAAAUAGAUACAAUAAAAUAUAUAAAUAUAAAAGCAAGAAAUUAAAGUUAAUAUUGAAGAUAGAAUGACUCAAUCUAUCUCUUAUAAAUGUGAUUAUUGUAAUUAAAAUAAUAGUGGAUUGUUUCAUAAUGAAAUAUGUGAUCAUAGAUUAUGUUAUGAUUGCCUUUAAAAAUAUUAUGAUGAUUAUUGUGUUUGUUUUGUUAAAGAUUGUGGAUGGUAAAUUAAUUAAGAAUAAUUAAAUUAAUUUAUGUUGACAUAUGUGACAUUUUAAUUAGGUGAAGUUGAAGAACUUAAACUUAAAAGAUAAUAAUCAUCCACUGAUUAAUAAGAUAUUCUUAUUAGUAAAUUUUAAUUUGAAGAAGUAACUUUAUAACAUAUGUAAAUAUCUAAUAUGAAUGAAUUUAUUAAGACUUUUGAUGAACUAAAAAUUAAAGAAAAGAAUUAUAUUGAUCUUAAAUUCGGUCCAAAUGAAAAAAGUGUAGGAUCUAAUUAUUCUGUUAAUUGGGAAAGACUCAAUAACAUAUUUAAUGGAGAUUAUUAAUUUUUUGCAAAGGCAAAUGAUAAUAAAAGAUUUGGUCUUGGUAAAUAUAUUGGUCCUCAAGAUAUAAUUCAAGGAUAAUUAGGAAAUUGUUAUUUACUUGCUUCAAUAUCUGCUUUAGGAAAUAGAAGACCUGAUCUAUUAUUAGAUGUAUUUAUAACUAGAGCUAUAAAUGAAUAAGGAAUAUAUUGUGUAAGAUUAUGUAUAGAUGGUUUAUGGAAAGCUAUUCAUGUGGAUGAUUAUUUUCCAGUCUAUCCAAAUUUAACACCAAUAUUUACUAAAGCUAAAAACAAUGCUAUUUGGGUUAUGGUAUUAGAAAAAGCUUGGGCUAAAUUAUUUGGAUCUUAUUAGAAUAGUUCUUCUGGUUCAAUGUAAGAAGUAUUAAGAGCAUUAACAGGAGCACCUACAGAAGUUAUCUGGACUUAAUCACCUGAUUUUAUUACUUUAUUAAGAAGAUGUCUAGCUAAUAAAGUUAUUAUGGUAGCAGCUACAUAAAGUAGUGAUGUUUAACCUAUAACUUAAGGUUUAGUACCUAAUCAUGCCUAUUCUGUUCUUAAAAUUAAAUAAAUCAAUCAUCCAAAAAGAGGUUAAGUUGAACUUAUUAAAUUAAGGAAUCCUUGGGGAAAAAAAGAAUGGACUGGAGAUUGGGGAUAAGAUAGUCCAUUAUGGACUCCUUAAUUAAGAUAAGAACUUAAAUUAGAUACUGAAGAUUCUGGUGUAUUCUAUAUGGAUAUUGGAUCAUUCAUGCAAUAAUUUAGAGAUAUACAUACUUGUCAUGUUAAACAAAAUUAUUAAUAUUCAGCUACUUAAAUUAAGUCUAAUAAAAAGAAGGCUGUCUAUUAUUCUUUCAAUAUUACAAAGGAAGGAGAUUAUUACAUCACAAUCAAUCAAAGAAAUCAAAGAUGGGCAGGAAAUCCAAAAUAUAGCUAUGCCAAAUUAUUAAUUUGUAAAAAAGAAGAAAACAAUAAUUAUACCUAUAUUAAUGGUAAAUUUAGUUAAUUUGGUGAAGUUUGGUGUAAGUGUACUUUGAGUAAAGGUGAAUAUAUUAUUUUUGCUAAAGUCAUUUGGGAGCAUCAUUAAGAUUUUUUCUUUGUUAUCUCUUCAUAUGGAAUUGAAAAAUUAGAAUUCAAAUAAAUAAAAAAGAUUCCUGAUAUGCUUUCCAGUGUCUUCAUUAAAAAAGGUUUAUUAUAACAACCUAAAAGAAGCUAUGAUACUAUGGGAUAACCAAAAAUUCAAAGUUGUUAUAAUUUAGAUAGAUUAGAUGGAUGGGGUUAUUAUUUUAUUGAUAACUAAUCUAGUGUUAAAUUAAUUAGCAAAAUAUCAUUUCAUAAAUUUUAUGGACUUAGAUUUUGUAAACCAUACAGAGGUGUUACACUCAAUAUUGAAUUACCUCCAGGAAAAUAAUUUAUUGCUGUUAUAAAAGUUUUGUCAGGUUAUGAAAUUGAAUUUACUCAAAAAGUUCAAUUUCAACAAUGA